AUGCUGCUCUCGCUGCCUCUUCCGGCACUGCGGAGACUCGCCGUGGGGAGCGUGCGGAGAAAGCUGCUCGCGUGCCGCGGCUUCUGCGCGUCGUCCCCCCUCCACCAGAGCAGAGCCAUGACCAAGGGCCUCGUUUUAGGCAUUUAUGCCAAAGAAAAGGACGAGGAUGCUCUUCAGUUUACCAGCGCCGGAGACAAAUUCGAUCAACUUGUGUCCGGAAAGCUUAGAGAACUUUUGACUCUAUCUGGGCCUCCACUGAAAGCAGGCAAAACUCGCGUAUUUUAUGGUCUUCAUCAGGACUUCCCCAGUGUUGUUGUAGCUGGCCUGGGCAAAAAGACGUCUGGGAUCGAUGAACUGGAAAACUGGAAUGAAGGCAAAGAAAAUAUCCGCGCCGCUAUUGCAGCGGGAUGCAGGCAAAUUCAGGACUUGGAAAUCACUUCUGUGGAAGUGGAUCCCUGUGGAGACGCGCAGGCUGCUGCAGAGGGAGCCGUGCUUGGGCUCUAUGAAUUUGAUGAGCUAAAGCAAAAAAAGAAAACUCUGGUUUCUGCUCAACUCUAUGGAAGUGAUGAUGAUAAAGCCUGGGAGAAGGGAGUUGUGUUUGCCGAGGGGCAGAACCUAGCCCGACGCCUGAUGGAAACCCCGGCCAACAAGAUGACGCCAACCAGGUUUGCCGAAGUCAUUGAGCAGGAGCUGAGGCGUGUGAGCGACAGUGCCGAAGUGCACGUCAGGACCAAAUCUUGGAUCGAGGAGCAAGCAAUGGGAGCCUUCCUAAGCGUGGCAAAAGGGUCCGAUGAACCGCCGGUCUUCUUGGAAAUCCACUAUCGAGGCAGCCCGAAUGCCGAUGACUCACCCUUGGUGUUUGUUGGCAAAGGGAUCACCUUUGACAGUGGUGGCAUCUCAAUCAAACCUUCUGCAAAUAUGGAUCUCAUGAGAGCUGACAUGGGAGGGGCCGCGACCAUAUGUUCAGCCAUCAUCACGGCAGCAAGGCUCAAGUUACCCCUUAAUCUUAUCGGCUUAGCUCCACUUUGUGAAAAUAUGCCCAGUGGGAAGGCUAACAAACCAGGAGACGUUGUGAAGGCGAAGAAUGGGAAAACGAUACAGGUUGAUAAUACAGAUGCAGAGGGGAGGCUCAUUUUGGCAGAUGCUCUCUGCUAUGCACACACGUUUAACCCAAAGGUUAUAAUAAAUGCUGCAACGUUGACAGGUGCCAUGGACAUAGCUUUGGGGUCGGCUGCCACUGGAGUGUUUACCAAUUCGUCCUGGCUGUGGACUAAGCUCUUUGAGGCAAGCACUGAGACCGGGGACCGCAUGUGGAGGAUGCCUCUCUUUGAUCAUUAUACAAAACAAGUUGUAGAUUGUCAGCUGGCCGAUCUGAAUAACAUCGGGAAAUACAGAUCUGGGGGCGCUUGUACAGCUGCGGCAUUUCUGAAGGAAUUUGUAACCCAUUCUAAAUGGGCCCAUUUGGAUAUAGCCGGAGUGAUGACAAAUAAAGAUGAGGUUCCCUAUCUGAAGAAGGGGAUGUCGGGGAGGCCCACGAGGACCCUGACAGAGUUCCUAGUUCGAAUGAGUAAAGACAAUUCUCAGUGAAAUGCAUCCAAAAAUUCUUCUAUUUCAUCUUCAAUUGGAUAGUUCAGUUAAAACCAUGUUUUAAUGAUGACUUCCUAAAGCUGGAAUAAAAUGAAAAACAUUUGCCUAGGAUCGUGAAUAUAGCCAUUUACUUUCUACAAACAUUUGAUGAAGGGUAGAUUUUACAUAAGACCUACUUGACAACAGAUUUUUAAAGAUGUUUAUAAAUUAAGGUUGAUGGUUUUAAAAAAUGAUUUCUUUGCAAUUUACUGAAUUAAUUGAGAAAAUGCUGAUAAUUUUAGAUUUGCUACAAGAAACCAUGAACAAAAUUACUAUGCAGUGUUCUUAAGCAAUAAACUCAUCUUUGUAUGCUUUCUGGA